AUUGUGGGUGUGCGCUAAUCUCAGUCAGUGACCUUGCCAAAAUAUCUGUCGAUCCUAAUUAUGGCAGAUAAGCGAAAACUGCAGAGUGAUAUUGACAGGACGCUUAAGCGGGUGCAAGAAGGACGGUCUGCAUUCCAGGAAAUUUUGGACAAAUUCGAGAGUUCAGUCAAUCAAACUCAAAAGGAGAAGUUUGAGGGUGAUUUAAAAAAGGAAAUCAAGAAAUUGCAACGUCUUCGAGAUCAAAUCAAAACAUGGCUUACGGCUAAUGAAGUGAAAGACAAAAGACCGUUGCUUGAGGCGCGGAAAGAGAUUGAGCAAGACAUGGAACGGUUUAAAGUGAUAGAGAAAGAGACCAAAACAAAGGCCUACUCAAAAGAGGGGUUACUUUCCACAGAGGCGAAGAAAGAUCCGCUGCAAAAAGAAAAGGAAGAGCUAGAUGAAUGGCUCAAACAGUGCAUUUCCUCUCUGAACACCCAAAUGGAAAAAUACGAGUUCGAAAUUGAGAGCAUCACAAAUAAUAACAAAAAGAAACGGUUAGAUAAAGACACUACUCUGGCAAUUGAAGAAAAGCGCCAGCGAUUGGAAAAUUGUUCUUUUCAUAUCGAAAAACUAGAAACUGUCAUGCGCCUUUUAGAUAACGAGCGGUUAGAUUGCGCUCUGUUGCGUUCUAUCAAGGACCCGAUUGAGUAUGUUAUUCAGUCUUGUGACGACAUAUCCUCCCUCGACUACCGAAACAUGUACGAUGACCUCCGGUUAGAUGAGAUUGGUGAUUCUACAGGCAUCACCGCCGGUACUGGGCCAGCUGGUAGUGUGGCCGAACAUGAAGUAAACGGGGUUUCCAUUCCCUCCACCACGUUAAUCAGUCAGCGUGGCGCAAAUGAUGACGCUGGUUCAUCUACCUCCACACUUACAAGUGUUUCUAAUCAGACAGACUCGUCUACAAACCAUCCGACCUCUUCGACUUCUUCCAAUGCGUCAUCGUGCUCCAGAGAACGCACUAAGAGUGAUGAUAAGCUUGUUCCACUGAGCUAUGUCCCCGCCUCUUCAACCAGCACACCGUUAAAAUCCGCCGGCCCCACUUCAGGCUCGACCACACUAUCUAGUAAACACAAAUCGUGUAAUAUCGCGAAUCAAACCGCUCCGCCUGCAUUAAUGUCUCAAGUAGUCGCAAGCACCCCUAAUAAAGGCAACCGCCUUCUCACUCCUCACACUGGAGUUUGCACAGCUUUUGGGCUAACAUCAGUAGAUGCGAACGCAAUCAAAUCGGCUUCGCAUAUUGCUGACACACAUUCCACGCCCACAAUGUUAGACGUAGUGAUUCGAACAUCCAAGGUCGAUAUGACUGGAAGACCACCCGACAGACAUUUAGCCAUGGUACUAUCCCAUACAAUUCCAGAUUGCCAACCUGCGGUCUCUUCGCCUUCGGAUUCCAGUACAGAGGCAACACUUUAUAGCCCCAAUUCUGUUCACUCCAUUGUUUGUACCGUCACACCUUCAACUGCACUGAUGACAUUAUCGAAUACAAAUCCUGCUAAUAGCAAGCCUGGUUUUGCUGCUGUAGUCGGCUCUCAACCAACCGCUACUUCGUCCCUACUCACUUCCAACUCUUCUGUGGCUUCUAUCAAUCCAUCAACUGCUAGUGGUGGCCAAACUUCUUUACACCGCGUUUCCCUUUCUAUCGCGACUGCACCUGUAUCCGUUAGCUACAGUUUGAAUUGUCCAUCUCAAGCCGCUUCUACGAACCCGACCGCAGUUUCCGAAAAGCAUUUGUCAGAAUUGCUUGCGGGCACCCAACUAAAUUCCGCUGGAAUGACUGACAAUCAACAGUUAACUACCUGCAUCGGUCUGGAUACCUCUCUCGCUCCAUCUUUGGCUUGUAAGCUUCAUUCAGUCGCUGCGGCAACUGGACAACCUCUGCCUUUCCCCACAGGAAUCAACUUAACGGCACCACAGGGAUCGCAAUUACACAUGCCAAUGGACAAACAGCUGCCCGCUCUUCAAAACGCAUUACACGUACAAACCCCUAGAAUGCCAUCUUGCACCCAAAUGCACCCGCGUGAUGCAGCCGCCCCGUUCCGCAAUCGCAACCUUGACAAAUCCAAAGGUCCUAUCCCCCGAGAGCUACUGCUUCAACUACAGGCUCUAGAAAGUAGUUACCGACGAUUACCUCAUCAAUGCGACACGGAAAAGUCGCGGAUGAUUAUCUGCAAGAACAUUGUCAACGGUCCAAGCUAUUAUCCUCGCGAACCCCUUCCAAACACGGACACUGAAGAGUACUACAUGAAGCUCGACGCACAAACCUUGUUCUUCAUCUUUUAUUAUUUUGAAGGCACCAAAGCUCAGUACUUUGCUGCGAAGGCAUUAAAACGGAUGUCCUGGCGAUUUCAUACCAAAUACAUGAUGUGGUUUCAACGCAAUGAAGAGCCGAAGCAAAUCACGGAUGAAUACGAAUCCGGAUCUUACAUCUACUACGAUUUCAAAGCGAUGAGCCAACGAAAAAAGGAGGAGUUCGUGUUUCAGUACAGCUUUUUGGAAGACAAAGAUUUCUGAACAACCCCGUGAUCUUUUCCUGGCCUUCCGUACAACCAACGGGUGAUUUGAUUUCCGUGCUGUGUGUAGAGCUGGUUCAUUCACCUUGACUGGAUCUUCCAAACCUGUGUCCCUUUCAACCGCUCGUCGCACUGACUGAGAUGCGAGCGUGAAAGCACGGUGGGCCCAGUUGCUUUCACACGGGUUGGUACUUUAAAACGAACUGGAAAAGCCAGAGAAGUAAAAAUAUGUAUCAAAAAGUGGCCAACAUGAUAGGAUUUGAAAACACUUAGCCUGGGAUUGCAGCCGUCUAUAUUGGACGCGAGUCAUCGGGGUGGUUGCUUGCCUUGCCACAUUAUCCACUCACAGGCUUACUUCUUUCGAGUUACCCCCGAACUCGUCAUACAACUUGCAAGGUACUUCCCAUUACUCUUGGAACGAAUGCCCAUGCUUAACUCCUACUGAAUCUCGAGAGACUUCCAACUGAGGCUAAAAAAAGAAACAAAUAAAUGCGCUUUUAUGGAUCU